UCUUCUUUGAUUUUCGUUUUCCAAUGCUUUCUGCUGCGUUGCUCCGGACUGCAGCAGCACAAGGACUGCGCGGGAUGCGGCGCUCAUGCAGCCCUGCCACUGCGGCUGUGACUGCGGCUGUGACUGCUUCGGCUGUAUACGGAUCUGAUGCUGCUGUCCAUGGACGCCAGCAGCUGCAACACCGGCGCUGGAUGGCCACCGCGAGCUCGGGCUUUGGCUCGGAUAAACGCGCAAAACCAACAGCAGCAUCGCCAGCGAGCGCUGCUGCUGCUGCAGACUUUAUGCGCGCGCAGCGUCAGUCGGACUUGGCAUCGUCACCGGAGUCGCUCGAGCAGCCGCUGCAAGAGUUGGAGGAAGACAUGGAGGAAGAUGGUGAAGAGGCUGAAUCCAAGAUUUUCAAAGCUCAGUACACCGACGAGAUGGAAGACGAUGGUGCCCCGGAGCUGGACGAUCCGCGAUUCACGGUGGAAAAUGUCAAGUGGCUGCAGCGCGUGUUGAACAUGCAGCCAAGCGAGCGCCGCGCCGAAUGGUUUGGACUGCUUCGCAAGGACGAGCCCAUCUCGGACUCGGACCUCACCUUCCGAGUCGGCGUCUUGUCGUCGUGGGCACAGCGUCGUGCAGAGUCGGUGGCGACCGCAGAGGCGUACACAACCCUUGCGAUGGACCAGGAAGCUGCACUGGCGGUCGAGGCGGCAGAGGAGGGCGAAGUCAUUGAGCCUGCCGAGGCACCCGGCGCGCUCGAUGAGGGCGCACUCCAGCUCGACUUUGAUCCCAGCAUGAACAAGAUGCUGGUACGGAGGUCGGACGAUGCCACUCCCCGGCCCGUCCGCCCGGAGGACGAGCCAGUGCCAGAGCUCAAGGAGGACGAGGAACUCAACCCGGAGGGACUGGGUCACAGCAUUCUCCCUGCCGAGGAUUUCGAGACAGACCUCCAAAACUUUAUUGCCUUCCUUGCGGGUGAGAGCCCACGCUUUGGUGACGAGCCUGCCCCGGAAGUGCCCGAGGCAGAGGAGGACGCGUACAAGACCAUCUAUCCUGCAGAAGCUGCCAACUUGACCAAGACGCUGCACACGCAAAAGCUCGAGCGGGAAGACGCCGCGAUGGCCGAUGUGCUGCACGAGCUGAUUGGUGGCACGCCGCUGGCUCAGUUCCAGCCGGAUCUGGUCGCUGCCCUGCCCAUCACUCCACAAGUCGAGCUGGAAGAAAUCGGGCCAAUGACGCUCAGCUCGAUCGAUCUCUCUCUCCAUGUGCUCAUGUUCUACCACAUUGCCCAACACCACCCAUCCAUGCUAAAGGCAUCGAACGCUGAGACUGAAAAUGAAAUUUCGGAAGACGUCUUGGUCAUCCGCCACGCUCUGUUUGUCAUGCUCGAGCCGCACCUUGUCACUGUUAAGGGCAUCAAAGCCAUCGAGGCGGAAGCGAUGGACGAGUUUGUCCAUCUUCUCCACGAGCUUUUGCCCUUCCAAUUCUCGGGCCCUCGCUUCAACGGUCAGCUCCUGCACAUGUUCUUUGUCGAGGCCAUGUCUGGGUAUGUGCACACGGGUACGCGUCUUGACCGCGCUGUCGACGCCCUCUUGUUGCGCACAAUCCCUCGUUUGCGCGAAAUAUACGCCAUGCCGGCGCUCAAGCCUGCGCUGAUUGAAGACUUUGCGCCCAUCGCUGACCGUCUCAACGACGGCGAGCUCCGACGGCUGUACCGCAAGUUUGUCCCGCGCGAAGUUAUCGAUGAUGGUUUUGCCACUGCCGGUGUGAGCUCCUUGAUCGACCAAAUGGACGUGCUCGGCACUCCGUCCGUCGGCGAUAUUGCCGCCAUGCCGCAAGUCACCAUUGUUCCGCGCGACGUUGCCAUGAAUGCUCGGGACGUUAUCGCUGCCGACACGCGUGCGUUUGUCAUUGAGCGCGCUGCGGAAGAAGAGUCCGACCGCCCGAUCGCAACGCCCAUCGAAGACGAAGAGGAGCGACUCCAACGCGAGUUUUCGGGCAAGUCCAGCAGCAUGCCCGACCCCGUCCUGUUUGCCCCUGGGCAACAUCAACGCACUGAGGCAUUCUUUGCCAGCUUGCCUCUUGGCCGCCCUGCCGAGGCGGUUGGUAACGCCAUUGUCGAGCCCAAGCUCUUCCUCUCGGAACACUCUGUCACCCUCCGUCAAUUGUUUGAUGCCGGUGUCCAUUUGGGUCACAAGGCUGGUUGCCACAAUGUCUUUGCCAACUCGUACAUUUUUGGCGAACGCGAUGGCAUUCAUAUUAUUGAUCUAGAACAGACUAUUGUCGCAUUGCGUCGUGCAUGCCGUGUCUUGAAGCACAUUGCCUACCAAAACGGUGUCAUUCUGUUUGUCGGUGGUCGCUCCAAGCACAAGCAGCUUGUCCGCGAGACUGCCAUGUCUGUCGGCGAGUACUACAUUGCCAACAAGUGGAUGCCUGGCACCCUGACCAAUCCCAUGAGCACGCUUGGUGCUUUGCGACAGCCCGACCUGAUCGUGCUAACAUGCAUGCCAAUGUCGAGCCAAGUGGCACGCGAGGCUAACCUUGCCAAUGUGCCAACGAUUGGCAUUGCCGACACGGACUGCGAUCCGCGCCAAGUGACGUACAGCAUCCCGGCCAACGACGACUCGCCACGCUCCAUGGCCUUGCUGCUCAAUGUCAUGCGCAUGGCUAUCGAAGAAGGCAAGACGAAGCGCCAGGCUGGCUUGCCGCUCGAGUACGGCCCAACACCCACGAACGCUCCAUUCUCGUACACGACGAGUUUGUGAAAAAGGACGAAUUUUCUUCUUGGCUUGCUUUGUUCCCUUUUUUUGCGCCUGAUUAUUUUUUUUCUUCCUGCUGCACCCCUUUGAGCACUACCCUUGUAUCAUUACAACCUCACAUCCACGGUUAUCCAU